GAGGAAGAAGAGGAAGAAGAAGAAGAAGAAGAAGAAGAAGAAGAAGAAGAAGAAGAAGAAGAAGAAGAAGAAGAAGAAGAAGAAGAAGAAGAAGAAGAAGAAGAAGAAGAAGAAGAAGAAGAAGAAGAAGAAGAAGAAGAAGAAGAAGAAGAAGAAGAAGAAGAAGAAGAAGAAGAAGAAGAAGAAGAAGAAGAAGAAGAAGAAGAAGAAGAAGAAGAAGAAGAAGAAGAAGAAGAAGAAGAAGAAGAAGAAGAAGAAGAAGAAGAAGAAGAAGAAGAAGAAGAAGAAGAAGAAGAAGAAGAAGAAGAAGAAGAAGAAGAAGAAGAAGAAGAAGAAGAAGAAGAAGAAGAAGAAGAAGAAGAAGAAGAAGAAGAAGAAGAAGAAGAAGAAGAAGAAGAAGAAGAAGAAGAAGAAGAAGAAGAAGAAGAAGAAGAAGAAGAAGAAGAAGAAGAAGAAGAAGAAGAAGAAGAAGAAGAAGAAGAAGAAGAAGAAGAAGAAGAAGAAGAAGAAGAAGAAGAAGAAGAAGAAGAAGAAGAAGAAGAAGAAGAAGAAGAAGAAGAAGAAGAAGAAGAAGAAGAAGAAGAAGAAGAAGAAGAAGAAGAAGAAGAAGAAGAAGAAGAAGAAGAAGAAGAA